GUCCAUACUGUGUGAUUGAAAAAGGAGCAGGAUGUAGCGGUCCAUGUAACAGGCUCGGUUUACAUCAAUCCAGUGUCAGAAGUCCGUCUCCGUUUUGAUGGGGCCGCGGUGAGUCGGGUGUGGGGGAUGGAUGUUGUCCGGAUCUUCAGCAGAAACCACUAACGGCUGAAAAUGUCCAACAUCCUCGAUGCGGCGGCCAAAGUGAAGUGGGACCGCACGUCUGCGGCCAAACGAGCCGUGUUUCUUGCGGCUGCUGCCUACGGUGUCAAAACGCUGUACCCCAUCAUCUACAGGCAGCUGAGCACAAGCAGAGGCAAAGGCAGGGAUCCGGGGAACAGUCGGCGGCUUUCCAAGGCGGAGAACGGCUCCACUUGCACGGCAACAUCCCAGAAGGACGGGGCGGGAUGUCAGAAGGCAUCCCCCGGCGUGAACGCACAGUUCUUCAGGCAGAUCCUGGAACUUGGUAAAAUCCUCUUUCCCAAGCUGGUGUCCAAAGAGCUGGGUUUGUUGUCGUUGCAUUCGGUGGCGCUGAUAUCCAGGACGUUUCUGUCCAUUUACGUAGCCAGCUUGGAUGGAAAGAUUGUGAAAACGAUCGUGGAGAAGAAACCCCAGAGCUUCAUCAUCCAGCUGAUCAAAUGGCUCCUCAUUGCCAUCCCGGCCACGUUCGUCAACAGCGCCAUCCGGUACCUGGAGUGCAAACUGGCCCUGGCCUUCCGCACCCGGCUGGUCAACCAUGCCUACCGGACCUACUUCACCGACCAGACCUACUACAAAGUCAGCAACAUGGACGGGAGGCUGGCCAACCCGGACCAGUCCCUGACCGAGGAUGUGAUGAUGUUCUCCCAGUCUGUGGCCCACCUCUACUCCAACCUCACCAAACCCAUCCUGGACGUCAUGCUCACCUCCUACACGCUCAUCCAGACCGCAAGGUCCCGGGGGGCCAACGCCACCGGGCCGACCCUCCUGGCCGGGCUGGUGGUGUUCGCCACAGCUAAGGUCCUCCGGGCCUGUUCUCCCAGGUUUGGUAAACUGGUGGCGGAGGAGGCUCACAGGAAAGGAUACCUGCGCUAUGUGCACUCCAGGAUUAUUGCCAAUGCAGAGGAAAUAGCUUUCUAUAGGGGUCACAAGGUGGAGAUGCGUCAGCUGCAGAAGUGCUACAGAGCUCUGGCAGACCAGAUGAACCUGAUCCUGUCCAAGCGUCUGUGGUACAUCAUGAUCGAGCAGUUUCUCAUGAAGUAUGUGUGGAGUGGCAGCGGACUGGUUAUGGUAGCCGUGCCCAUCAUCACAGCUACCGGCUUUGCUGACAAUGAAACAGCAGAUGGACAGACGCAGGUGAUGGUGAGUGAGAGGACAGAGGCUUUCACCACCGCUCGUAACCUUCUGGCCUCAGGAGCUGAUGCCAUCGAGAGGAUCAUGUCCUCAUAUAAAGAGGUCACAGAGCUGGCAGGCUACACCUCCCGUGUCCACAACAUGUUUGUAGUGUUUGAGGACGUCCAGAGGGGUGUUUACAAGCGUUCUUCCCUGUCAGCGACUUCAGGAGGAGAGAAGAAGAGCAAGCCUGAGAUGCACAUCGACGGACCACUGGAGAUCAGAGGUGAAGUGAUAGAUGUUGACAAAGGCAUAGUGUGUGAGAAUGUCCCUAUUAUCACACCAAACGGGGAUGUAGUGGUGUCUUGUCUUAACUUUAAGGUGGAAGAGGGAAUGCAUCUAUUGAUCACAGGGCCAAACGGCUGUGGAAAAAGUUCCCUGUUCAGGAUCCUGAGCGGCUUAUGGCCUGUCUACGGCGGACGGCUGCACAAACCCUCUCCUCAACAUAUGUUUUACAUCCCUCAGAGGCCCUACAUGUCCAUGGGCUCACUGCGGGACCAGGUCAUCUAUCCAGACUCGCUGGAGGACAUGGCUGCUAGAGGCCUCGCUGACAAAGACCUAGAGGCCAUCUUGGAUAUAGUCAACCUCAACCACAUUGUUACCAGAGAAGGAGGCUGGGAUACUGAGCUGGACUGGAAGGACGUGCUGUCAGGAGGCGAGAAGCAGAGGAUGGGCAUGGCCCGCAUGUUCUACCACAAGCCUAAAUAUGCAUUGCUUGAUGAGUGUACAAGUGCUGUAAGCAUUGAUGUUGAAGGAAAGAUUUUCCAAGCUGCUAAAGACGCUGGAAUCUCCCUGCUCUCCAUCACACACAGACCCUCCCUGUGGAAGUACCACACCCACCUGCUGCAGUUCGACGGGGAGGGAGGCUGGCGUUUCGAGCAGCUGGACACGGCGACUCGCCUCACCCUGACUGAGGAGAAGCAGCGUCUGGAGGCCCAGCUGGCCGGCAUCCCUGAGAUGCAGCAUCGCCUCAAUGAGCUCUGCAAGAUCCUGGGAGACGACUCUGUCCUCAAAACAGCCGAGGAGUGAGAAAGAGAGGGGAGGGGGAGGCCGGGGGCUAUAGAUACAAAGGAUGAGAAGAAGGGGAGGGCCAAUGGAAGAAAAAGAAGUCUAUGGGAGGGGGCUUUUAAGUAUGUUUUUUUCUCUUGAUUUGCUCUAAGCCUCUCCCUUUAGAACUCCUAAUGCCAACCAGUCUCUCACUUCUCUUUUCUUCCCAACCUCUGUUUUCUGUUUUCCUUUGCCCUCCUGUGAUCUGAGUCAUAGCAGGGGGAAGUUUGUGUUUUAUUCCCUCAUGUAACAACGACUCAGAUGUUUCUUUUACGGUACAUCAUUUCGACGAUGAAAUUACCACAUUUAAAAGUGGCAGAACUGAUAAAUCUGACAUUUCUUUGUAGAGGGGUUUGUUUUCUUAGCACUUUACUCCUUCAUUUUGUUGUAGUAGCACACAGUAGAAAAGAAGAUAGUCGCAUUUUUUUUUUUUUUUUUUUCAAUGUACAACCACUAAAUUAUGUCCACAGCAGUAUUCCUAAUGGAUUGUGCAGGAA